AUGGUCUGCGAGACUGAUGGAAAUUGUGUCUUCCGCAGCUCGCCGCAAAACUCGCCGCAGCUCAGGGAGGGCAGGCUCCUUACCCAGGAGGACCUCCCGGCCAGGGUCCGCCACCAUCACUUCAAGCAGGCGGUGGCCCGCGACCCGGAGGAGCAUACCCGGGCCAAGGCCAGUACCAGCCCUACCCUGGUAGUCCUCCUCAAUCUGUAUGUCAACUCUGAUUUCGACCCACCUUCGAAUAACCCUUACCACAACCUCACCUUGCAUUCAUACACCUUGAAAUUUGCCUCCUUCUUCUAUCCUUUCUCUUGGCCGACAUGCACAAGUUUCACCAGAAUCAAAGACAGUCUGCACUAUAUCCGGGUUCCAGAACCACCGCCUCCUCCUCCAAGACCCUCCGCAUCACCUCAACCACCCUACUCGCCAGGAUUCGUACCCCCACAGUUUGGGCAACAGCCGUCUUUACAAUUCGUAGGACCAAAUGCAUACAAUCAACCUCCGAGCAGCCCGUAUGGCGCACCCCAACACUCGCCUCAGCCCUAUGGCCAACAGCUGUCCCCAAGUGGCCUGACGUAUGCUCAGCAGCACUAUCAGCAAACUGCUCCUGGAAGCGCGGGAUACGGCGGCUAUCCUCCUCAAAGUAACCCUGGCUACCCGCCUCAAAGUAGUCCUGGCUACCCACCACAGGGCGGACAACAGUACGGCAGUGCUCCAGGGACACCAGCUAAUCCACAACAGGUCCAGGCAAUCAAGCAAAUGCUGCAAGUAAGGAUUCAGGAAAAGAAUUUGCACGCCUUCUACCCUUCGAAUAGUCCGCUACUCGAUCAAAUCGCUCAGCGUGCACCCCAGCAAGUUGACAGACUUGCUCAGGCUUGGUCAAUCGGGCGUGAGCUGGCACAAGACAUUGUACAGCUGGCACUUUAUGACAUCGUCCUGUAUAUCGACGAUAGUGGUUCGAUGUCCUUUGAUGAGGGUGGUGAGCGGAUCAAAGACCUCAAAAUCAUCCUUAGCCGUGUUGCAUUCGCAGCGUCUCUUUUCGAUGACGAUGGAGUGCAAGUCCGAUUCAUGAAAACUCAGCUGCAAGGCAACAACAUUCAUAGUGAGCAGCAAGUCAAUGACCUUGUCUCGCAGGUCAACUUCAUAGGCAUGACACCAAUUGGCACAGAGCUCAAGAAGAGGAUUGUUGAGCCACUGCUACUUCAGCCUGCACGAGCUGGCCAGUUGCGCAAGCCCCUGCUUGUCAUCACUAUCACAGACGGUCAACCUACUGGUGAAUCACCAAACGUUGUGGAGGAUACAAUUAAACUUGCACGCGACGGACUGGCCAAAACUCGUUAUGGAAGAGGGGCUAUUGCAUUCCAAUUCGCUCAGGUGGGGAACGAUCUCAAAGCUCGUGACUAUCUCACAGCGCUAGACCAACACCCUGAGGUGGGUGACCUCAUUGACUGCACAUCAAAUUUUGAAGUUGAAGCAGAUGAGCUGUCCCAGAUCGACAAUACCCUAGUACUUACCGUGGAAGGCUGGCUUCUGAAGCUUCUACUUGGCAGCAUCGACCCAUCUUAUGAUAGAAAAGACGAGAAGGCCAAACUUCGCCAGCAACAAGGAAGCUUUGGUGCUCAACCGCCUGCACAGUACGGAGGUUCAUAUCGGCCAGGUGCCUACGGUCAGCCGCAAAGCGGACAGGGUCAGCAGCAUGGUGGAUAUGGUCAGCAAGGUGGUUAUGGACAGCAACAAGUCGGAUAUGGGCAACAGAGUGCGUAUGGACAGCAGCAAGGGGGCUACGGACAACCUCCUGGAGGGUAUGGUCAGCAGCAAGGUGUGUACGGAAGACCUCCACCGGGACAACCGGGACAACCAGGACAAGGUGGCUAUCCUCCUCAACAACAGGGACAACCAGGACAAGGUGGUUAUUCUCCUCAGCAAGGCGGUGGUUAUGGAACUGCCCCCCCUCCCCCGCCACGAUAUUAA